GAGAACAGGGGUUAAGCACUGAAUUUGCCCAGCGGGGAGGGCGGGGCGGAGCCGAAGCUUAGGCCAGGCCUCAGCCCACCUCAUCCAAGGGGGACGGAAGUCUCAGCCCCACUCUCGACCUCCCCCGGGAGCCCUGGACUGAGAGCCAAGCCUCGCCCCACCAGGCGGCCGGCACUAUGAAGCGUGCGGCGACUCUGCGCCUGCUCUCGGAUUUAAGCAACUUCAGCGGCGCAGCCCGGCUCCGGGAGUUGCUGGCUGCGGACCCAGAGGUCCGAGUGCGCUGCAGCCCGGACGGCCGCCACCUGCUGCUACUGCGACCCCCGGGGGCGCUGGCCCCGCAGCUGCUGAUUGCGGUGCGUGGACCGGGCGAGGAGCUGGAGCGUGCCUGGCCGGCUGAACAACUCUCACCGCUAGACGCCUUCUUCCUGCCGUGGCCGGUGCGACCGGCUCUGGUCUUGGUAUGGGAGAGUGGCCUAGCCGAGGUGUGGGGAGCGGGCGUAGGGCCCGGCUGGCGACUGCUGCAGAGCACCGAACUGUGUACGAGCAGUGGAUCCCGCGUGGUGGCCGUAGCGGCCCUCCGAAGCCGCCUGGUGUGGUGCGAGGAGCGUCAGGCUGAUGCUGAGGGCUGCCUAGUGCCGCCCUCAACAGCUUUCAGCCACCAUGUGUGUGUCAGGACCCUGGAGCCCAGCGGGGAGGCUGGCACCAACCAGGGCCGCACACACAUCCUCCUGUACCAUUGCCCCCCUUUCAAGCUGCUGGCCUCCGGCAAGGACUUCUUCCUGGUGCCCACUGCCAAUACCUGGCCUGGCGUGGGCCACAUUCUGCUCAUCUGGAGCCCAGGCAAGGGUAAGGUGAUGGUGGCUGCCCCAAAUCUUGGUUUCUCCUACAGUAAGAGCCUGAAUCCUGGACGAGGGGACACAUGGGACUUCCGGACUCUCCUUCGAGGCCUUCCUGGGCUCCUGUCCCCCAGGCAGCCAUUGACUGUACAUACCUGGGCCCCAACUCCCCGGGGACUGCUACUGCUUGACUUCAGGGGCACUGUGAGCCUGGUGCAAUCCCAUGGUGGUACCCGGGCAGUGGGCACCCUGCAGGAGGCACCUGUAGGCCAGGCAGGGUCUGCAGCACUGGGAACAUUUCAUGGCACUCUGGCCUGUGUGCUGGGCUCCACAUUGGAACUGUUGGACGUGGGCAGCGGGCAGCUGCUGGAGAGGAAGGUCCUCAGUACAGACCGAGUACAUUUGCUGGAACCCCUAGCCCCUGACACAGAGAAUAAGGAAGAGCUGGAGACACGAGGAGGUCUUCGUUUGCUUUCAGCCUUGGGUCUGUUUCGUGUAGGCUGGGAAGCCCCACAGGGCCUUGAGCUGCCUUCAGCUGAAGACCUGGUAUUUGAGGAAGCCUGCGAGUACUACCAGCGGCGGAGCCUGCGGGGUGCCCAACUCACCCCGGAGGAACUGAGACACAGCAGCAUAUUCCGGGCACCUCAGGCUCUGGCCUCCAUUCUCCAGGGCCACGUGUCCCCUUCUACACUAUUGACCAUACUGAGGGCUGAGCUUCGGGAUUACCGGAGCUUAGAGCACCUCAAAGCCCAGCUGGUGGCUGGGGACGAUGAAGAGCCUGGCUGGACUGAGCUGGCAGAGCAGGAAGUGGAACGCCUGCUGAGGACUGAGUUGAUGGGAGACCAGCUGGCCCAGCUCAACACAAUUUUCCAAGCCCUUCCUACAGCAGCCUGGGGUGCCUUCCUCAGGGCCCUGCAGCUCCAGCCAGAUGGUAAUGGCAGGUUGAGGUCCCAAGCUCCACCUGAUGUGUGGAAGAAGGUACUAGGGGUUACAGCAGCUGGAAAGGAACCCCCCAAUGGUGUACUGCCCCUCUUUGAACUCCUAUGCCAAUACCUCUGCCGGCUAGAACCCCGAUGGCUGCCACCCUUUGUGGAGCUGGCACAGCAGCAGAGUGGGCCUGGGUGGGGGGCAGGGGGCCCAGGGCUCCCCCUGUAUCGCCGAGCUCUGGCAGUAUUAGGAGAGGAGGGGACCAGGCCUGAGGCACUGGAGCUAGAACUGCUUUUGGGCAGUGGGCGGCCCAAAGCUGUGCUCCAAGCUGUGGGGCAGCUGGUACAAAAGGAGCAGUGGGAGCGGGCUCUAGAGGCUGGCCUGGUCUUCAGCCCCUCCAGCCCCCUGCUUCGAAGUGAGAUCUUCAAACUGCUGCUGGCCGAAUUUGCCCGGCACCGGCGACUUGAUGCUCACCUCCCCCUCCUUUGCCGCCUGUGCCCACCAGACCUAGCUCCCACUGAGCUCCUGCUGCUACUGCGGACACACCUCCCAGAUGAGUCAGAGCCCCCCACCCCAUUCCCUGAGCCUGGGGCAGAGCCCCCUCUCACUGUGGGCUUGCUCAGAGCUCUACUAGAGCAUACUGGGGCUCAAGGACAGCCCUCAGGCCCAGUUCUAAGCUUAUAUGAGGACAUCCUCUGGGACCCAGGCACUCCACCUCCCACCCCACCACGGGGACCUAUCACUACCCUCCAGACAUCAGACCACCCAGGCCUGGAGACCUGGGCACCAUCUGGACAUGGCUUCUGUGUGACUGACACAGGCUGAAAAGUGCUUCUGUGAGCAGGGAAGCGUGCCUAGGAGUUGUAGAGGGCCAGGGUGAGCAUAUAUGCAAAAUAUUGUCAUAUAAUAAAUAUGGUUGGUCUUUAUCUUCAGGUUUUUGUCAUGGCACAGAGCUCUCCUAAAAUCCUUGGAUUUUCCUGAGUGAUAGGAAUGUCUUUUAUUAUUCAUAACGGACCCCUUUAGAUCACACCUGCUUUAUGCUAAUGAGGUAACUUAGGGUGGGUGGGGCCCCCAGCCUCAGAAUGGGGCUAGUCACCAGAAGGACCAAGUGAUGAGAGGAUUGGAAUUUUCAGCCCCAUCUCCAAACUCCUGGGAGGUGAGUGGGACUAGAAAUUGAGCUCUAGAAAAACUCCCGGACAAGGAAAUUUAAUGAGCUUCUAGCUUGGUGAACACAUCAAGAGUGACACCCAGAGAGGGCGUGGAAACUACCUACACACACACACACACACACACACCAUACCUUGCUCUAUGCAUGGAUUCCAUCUGUCUCUCCCUGAAUUGCAUCCUUUGUAAUAAAUCUGUAAACAUAAGUAAAGUAGUUCCCAGAGUUCUGUGAGCCAUUCUAGCAAAUUAUCAAACCAAAUUAUAGCAUGGGAAUUCCCAAUUUAUAGCCAGUCAGUCAGAAGUACCAGUGACUUGCAACUGGCAUUUUAAAAAAUCUAUAUCAUUUUAUUUUUACUUUUUUAUGCAACUGGCAUUUGAAGUGGGAGCAGGCUUGUGGGACUGAGCCCUUACCCUGUGGGGUCUGCACUAACUGCAGGUAGUUAGUGUCAGAAUUAAAUUGACUUGUAGGACACCUAUUUGGUGUCUGCAGAGAAUUGGUUGUUGGUAUUAGAAAACACUCCAGAAAUAUAUACAUGCUUUGUGUGAUUUUGAACAGCUGAGGGUCUCAGAGGAUUGUGGAUUAUAGGGGGAGUUGUUGAAUCUAACUCUGUUGGCUACAGUGGCCACUUCCAAUAAUGAAAAUAACACUUAUGAGCACUUAAUAUGUGCCAGGCACUCUGCUGGUCUUUAAUAAUUUCUCACUCAACGUUUCCAAUAACCCCAUCAGGAAAGUACUAAUAUCAUCCCCAUUUUACAGGUGAAGAAAUAGGUUUAGAAAGAGGAAAUAAGGUUUAGAAAGCUUACUUGACCAAGGUCAGUCAACUAGAAAGUAGAGCUCUAAGAUUUGAACCACUUUACUGUAUAGCCCAGUAGCUGGCUUGGGCUUGAAUGCACUUCUCAUUCCAGACUCUAGCCUGUUGUAAGGAGGAUCUUCAGAGCUGCACCCUUACCCCAAGACUCUUCUGUUCCCAGGUAGGAACUGUGAUAGGUAUUGGGCCCACACCUGUCUCCCCCAGGAUUCCUGGAGCAGCCCCUGAUUGAGGGAAGAUUUGCCACAGACAGGAAAGCUACUUGCAGAGCCCUCUAGCUUUGUAACAAGAGUCGCUGGAGCAGGGUUGCUUGGAGGACUUCCGAAACUAAGAAACAAAAGCAUCUCCGGCACAGAUUUCUGUUCAUCUGAAUUUAGUCAGUAAGACCAAUUCUGAAGAAGCCCUGCCCUGUGCCCACUUCUACCCAAGUAACCCUUGAUACUGCUACUUAGCAGUAUCCUGGGCCCCCAGCUAUCCUUGUCCAGGACUUGGAUCCCCGGUAAGGACUGCCACUCAGCUUUGUUCUCAGCUGGGACCUAAACUUGGGUUCUGCUCAGCCUCAUCCUGGACUAAAGGUGGCCCUUGAGUUUUACAUGGGACUGGGGAGAGCUCCCCUCCUCUUGGCAAAGGGCAGCCUCUCAGGCUUGUCAAAGUCUGCUGUUACUCUUCAGCCACAUGGAGGUCCUGAGGCGGCUCCUCUGCAUGGCCCAGUCCUGGGCCGGCUCCGCAGCCUCACUGAAGUGUCAGGACCACAUCUUGGCCUCAUCCAGGACUUGGAUGGCCCUUGUCCUGGCCUUCAAGCCAGGUUGUCUGCCAAUACCAGGACUCAAGCUUCUAUCCCUUAAGCUACUGUUCCUCCCAGAGGCCCAGAACUAGGGACAGGUCAUUCCUCAGCCUCCUUCUCAGCCCCUUUCUGGUUUGGGAGAGGUCCUCCUCUUCCUGGUCUGGAGGCUGGGCCCAUCAGGACUCCUCAGUGGGAAGCUAGGGAUGGCCAAAAGCAGGAAUCUGCUUCCUGUUCAUGAUCCUGCUGAAUCGUGGUGGUUUCUUUGCCUGAGAUUUGUCUUGGGGCUCUUUCUGUGCUCAGAGGAAAAGGAAUUGUACUCAGUGGGCCCCUGGGGGCAUAAG